GUAGACGCGGAUGCUGCGCGGCUCCGGGGGCUGCUGGCGGCCGCCUGUUCCUGGGCGGCGGGCACCGGCCCUUCUCGCAGCCGCCACCUCCUCGCAACGACCCUGCCUGCUCCAGAGCUCCGUGCCGUGGGCUUCGGUGGGCUCGGAGCUGGCUUCUGAGGGUGACCUAGAGGCCGCUGAGGCAAAACGUAUCGGGGUGAAGGGUGGAGGUGGAGCGGUGAAAGGGCGCAGGGACCUGAAGGCAGGGCGAGCACUCGGCCCCAGGGUUGCAGCGCCGGGGAGCGGAGGGAAACCUAGACCGGACCCACCGCUCAGGCUCCAGUGUCCUGCUCCGGGGGCCACUGCAGACUACUAUGUGGAGGCCGAAUGUCCCUUAGCCAGGUCCCCAGCACAGCGCGCCGUCAGACUGUUUGCCAGGAAGCUUUUCGCCUUCCUGAGAAGGACUUCGAAGUAGGACAACUCAGCCUUCGGCUCCCUGAUUUUCUUUCUUGCUCUCUCCCUCCCCCCUCUGCCCCAAACGCAGGCUUAUGUUCUGUUACAAAGUAGCAUCUUUACCGGGUGACCCGGCUUGCACCCUCACCAUGCCCUGAGCUUAAUGGGAAGGGUUGGGCUUAGUGGGUUCUGCUGUGCGCGCAGGAUUCCCUCCCAGGAUCCCUCCCUCCAGAAGCCCCACGUCCUCGCCACGCACGGCAGGACCCUCUCCUCUCCGCCGGGUUUUACACUCUUCUACCAGACUCGCAUCUGCGGGCUCAUCCUCCAUGCGCUCACGUGUUUCCUCUUGGGCCGCCUCUGUCCACGCCCUGGACCAAGGUCGGCUUCGCCUGUCCCUCUUUUGGGUUGAGGUUUUGGCGUGAACCGUUUGACGAGGCUCCAGAGACAACACACAGCUCCGAAAAGCUCCUACACACGCUGCAAAGGGACGGCACCUAGAUGUUCCCAGCUCAGUUUUGCCACGCCGCUCCACUUUGUAAUUACCUGACACAAUGUGAUAUGGGGUUGUCCAUUGUUCCCCGGCUUGUUAUUACGGAGUGUUCAUUAUGACAGUGGUGGAAUUUAAAAUUACACAUUUUUAAGUACUUAAAAGAUAGAAUGAAUUCGGUGUGGGGGUAUGAGUAAGCUUUUCAUUAAAAUCUCAGUUCAGCCUAUCAAGUGGGAUUCAUUCUGAGUAUUGCCUUGCCUAAUUUGCAUUUUAGCAUUGUUUUGUCUCUUAAGCAUCGAAUUAAAGAUAUCUGGGAGCGUACUCUGCAGGGCUGAACAACUCCAAGAGGCCUGCUUUGCAUUUUAGCACAAUGUGUUUCGUACACACCAAGUGCCAAAUAUUUGGGAGUGUCCCCUGGAAAACAAUUCCUUGCACCUUGUCUUUCCCGUGCUGAGGGUGCGAGGGGAAGCGGUACCCGGCUGCUCCCAUUACCUGUCUAUCCCAAGCCAUCCAGGAGGCCUGUGGGAACUACUAAGAGACAGCCUUUGCCUUUUAGGGGGGUCAUAGUAAAAGGCCAGGGGUUCGGGGUAAUAAAACCUGUAUUCAUUACAAGGUUGCAAGGAAUUAAGGAAGGGAAUAGAUGGAAAUCGAGGGAACGUGCACCCAACUUGAAAGCCCCAAGUCCUCUGGCCGGGUCUCCAAUUUUGCAGUAGACCUUGGAAAACCUCCAGCGACUGGGUAGUUAAGGCUAAGAGAAGCCCAGACUCCUUCCAGAUCACUAAGGAGUGCAGUGUAUGGUGGGCUGCACUUUAGACAGAGGGCAUCUCUGUUAUACUGUUGUUGGUAGAGGAAAGGAGGAAGUCCUUGGUGUUCUUAAAAAUCACAAUUUCACCCAAACAAUACAGAGACCACAACUGGUUGGCUCUUUCCAUUCUGUCCUCUUCAUGUUUAGCUCGAGAGGUGGUGGGAAAACGUUUUUCCCCCUUAACUUGGUAAAACUACAGACACAUGUUGUAAAAUAAACUAUGCAAU